AUGGACGGAACCGCUCUUAAAUUGACCUUCACCACCAACAGCGUCCGCAACACCACCCUCGCCGUUGGUGAAGACCUCAUCCACUACGAGAUCGUCACCCGCUUCUGGCACCCCACCUUGACAAAGAUAAAUAUCCUGAACCCGGAAACCCUCACACUGAAGACUGUCGCAGAGGUCCAGAAAUCAUAUAGUGGCAAACACCGCGUUCGAUUCUUGACAGGCAAAUACAUGGGCGAAUGGAUUCCUUCCGACAAAUUUCUCAAGGAAGAGAAAACGAAAGUUGGAGGAUCUUUUAUCAUAAAUGGCAUCGAGUAUCGCUGGAAAACACAUAGACGGAGGCUUCAGCUGGUGCGCAGCGACGACGAAAUAAAGACACCAUUAGUGGUCUAUCGACCUUAUCGACGUGCAUCGCUGGAGGUGAACCUCGAACUUACAAGCUUUAUGGACAGAUUAAUCGUAAGUUAUCUCCUUGUCGAAAGACGCCGCAGGACACUUCGGAAAGAUGUACUAUGA